UGAGCGGCAGAUGGCCCAGGAGGAGAGUGUUUGGGUGUGUGGCGCCGGUGUGUAUCUGUGUGUGUGAGUGUGUGUGUGUGGUGCGUGACAGCUGCCGGGAACUGCUGCAUCAUCUGUAGAAUUCCUAUCUGUGUGUGAGGGAGCCAAGCAGGUGCAGAAUGGCUCCCAAAAAUACCACGCAGCUGCUGACCAAGCUGCGAGCAUUAAUGAAGAACACUGCCCAUGUUCCUCGACAAAUCCAUGCCUAUAUUGUUCCAUCAGGAGAUGCACACCAGAGUGAAUACAUCGCUCCGUGUGAUCAACGGCGAGCCUUUAUUAGUGGCUUCACUGGAUCAGCAGGAACUGCCAUCAUCACAGAGAAGGAUGCCGCUCUCUGGACUGAUGGACGCUACUUCCUGCAGGCCACCCAGGAAAUGGAUGACAAUUGGACACUGAUGAAACAAGGCUUACCUAAAACCCCAAGUGAGGCUAAGUGGCUAAACAAGACUCUGGAUGUGGGUUCUGUGAUUGGAGUUGACCCUUAUCUGUUGGAGGCUGAUGUUUGGAGGGACCUGUCCAGGGAGCUGCAAGGGGGUGGCCACUCAAUCAUUGCUGUCCCAGAGAACCUCAUUGAUCUCAUAUGGACUGAUCGCCCACCUCGCCCUGCGGAGUGUGUGGUGCCCCUUGAGGAGAAGUACACUGGCCGCAGUAUUGGAGACAAAUUGAAAAGUGUGAGGCAGGAACUUGAUGAAGAAAAUGCUUUUAUGAUCAUCAUCACUGCUCUGGAUGAAGUUGCUUAUCUGUACAACCUGAGGGGGUCUGAUAUUGAGUACAACCCAGUAUUCUUCUCUCAUAUGCUGCUGACACACAAGAUGAAGCUGCACUUAUUUAUCAACAAAUCACAGCUUACAGCUGCUGCAAUUGAAUCCCUCAGCAAUGGAGACUGCAAAGUUACCAUUCAUCCAUAUGAGGACCUUGAUAAGUUUGUUAAUGAGCAGGGAGGGGAGACUGUAUUGGAGAUGGCCCUCCACUUUGGUAAGAUAUGGGUCUGUAAUCACUCCUCCCAAGCCAUAACACAGCUAGUACCCAAAGACAGAAGACUUUCCAAGCUGUCACCAGUUGCUGUCAUGAAAGCCAUUAAAAAUCCCACUGAAAUCAAAGGUAUGGAAUCCUGCCAUCUGCGUGAUGCUGCUGCCCUUUGUCGCUAUUUUGCUUGGCUUGAGAAGGAGGCAGCCAGAGGAACUCAGACAGAAAUUUCAGGUGCUGACCAGCUCCAGAAAUUCAGAGAAGAACUAGAUGACUUUGUUGGAUUAAGCUUUUCAACAAUAUCUUCUGUGGGUCCCAAUGCUGCUAUUGUUCACUACAAACCCUCCAUGGAGACAGAUGCCAGGAUCACCACCAAGGAUGUUUAUCUGUGUGACUCUGGUGGACAGUACAAAGAUGGAACCACCGAUGUGACUCGCACUUUGCACUUCGGCACUCCCUCCAAGUUUUUACAAGAAUGCUUUACUAGGGUCUUAAAGGGAGUGAUAAGUGUGGCAACUUGCAUCUUUCCUACAAAAACUAAGGGAAACUGCUUAGACUCCUUUGCCCGAAAAGCUUUGUGGGAUGUUGGUUUGGACUAUGGGCAUGGGACUGGUCAUGGCAUAGGAAUGUACCUGAAUGUGCAUGAGGGACCAAUGGGAGUGUCAUGGCGUUCCUUUCCUGAUGAUCCUGGCCUGCAGGAGGGCAUGUUUCUCUCUGAUGAGCCUGGAUACUAUGAAGAUGGAAAAUUUGGUGUUCGCAUAGAAAAUAUCGUGAGGAUUGUUAAAGCAGAAACUGAACACAACUUUAGAGAGCGAGGUUUCUUGACCUUUAAGACAGUGACCAUGGUGCCCAUUCAAGCCAAACUUAUUGAUCCAGCUCUCCUGACAAAGAAAGAGGUGGAAUGGCUCAACGCUUAUCAUGCAGAAUGCCGGGAAAAGGUGGGAGAGUUGUUACUGCAACAGGGACACAAAGAAGCAUACACCUGGCUCUUGAAAGAAACUGAACCCAUUGGGUAGAAGCAGACCAUUGUUCUUUGUAUGAAGUAAGACAAAGUAAUUGUACCUGGUUAGUGGGCUUUUAAAAAUUUUAGUAUCAAGGAAAUAUUUUUAGACUUAACAAUCAGAUGAUAAAAUCACAAAUUUGAAAAAAAAAAAUUAAACUAUGAAUUAACAUAAGGUACACAAUCUUUUAUUCCUUAAUUGCAUCCUGUGAUGAAUAAUUCCCCUUAUGUAAUUCACUACUGUAACUGUAUCUGCUUGUGCUUCCAAAAGAAAACCUUGCUUGUAAAUUUCACAAAUGAAUGGAAAGAGGAAUACAUUGUUCAGUUUUAAAGUCCCUGGCUUGUCACAUGCCAUGGUCUUGUCCUGAACAUUACCUCAUCCUUGCCUCAAGCAUUCCUGAAAAGAACCAUUGUAUUAAUUUACACCAUUGUACAAAAAAUACUUUUUUCAAUUUUUGUACACAUUUUAUAGAGUACAUAUUUGUUACAAAACAGUAGAGGUGUUUUCCUUGCAGGAGUUGCAUAAGUAUAAACCAAGAGUAAUCUUAAAAUUCAGACAUGAACCCAAGUUGUAGGCCAUCAUAUUCCAUAACCAACUUGUAAAAUUUGUAUGUUUGUCAUCCUGGAUUAAUCUUCAUUUAGGUCACAAAAUAUGUCCUAAUAUCAAAAGCAUAUUAUUCUUUGUAUAAAAAUUUAAAUGGCUAGCUAACUGAUUUUGAUCUUAAAAUCAAGAUCAUGCCUUUUCUUUCUAUCGUUUCUCAUAACAGGUACAGAUUCACCAACUUGAUUUUGUCCUUUCUCAACAGUUCAACAAAUAUAUUCACCAAAAAAAAAAUGAAGAAUACAUUUGUCUUACUUCUUUUAUGACAAGUUUCUAUUGAAGUCACAAAGUUUUGAUUGGAGGUAUUAUUACUGAGACAUGCACGAGUAAGAUCUAAGAAGCAGUUAGCAUUGACUGUAUAAGUUUUAUAGGAGAUGGUUGGCAUUGUUUUUACAAUUUUGACUGAUUAUGGGAUUAAAAUAAUUGCAACAAAA